GUCUUGUAUUUCCUAAGAUCAGAUCAAAUCAGAUCGCAAUUCUCAUUUCUCGCUUACUUCACUCUUUUGUUGAGAAUAUGGACGGACUAAUCAAGGGUCUCACCGACGUUAUUAUCGGCGAUGCUGGCCGUGACGGAGAAAACGAGGCUCGAGAUGAACGUUCCAGAUCCAGCUGGGCGCAGGUGGUGACAGGGGAUCAGGAUGACGGAGCUCGUCCCCCGUCUCAGUGGAGAAAACAGGAGCCUAAUCAACAGGUUGACGUGGGUUCAAGACCUUCCAGGAGACACCGAGAGACUGAGUAUGGAAGAUACGAGAAGGAUGAGCGCGACGAGCGACAAGCUUAUAACCAAAAUGAGUGGAAUCGGAAGGAACAAGGAGAGGAGAAUAAUGAUGGCUGGGAAACUGUUGGAAGAAAGCCACGAAGGCGACCACAGAAGGUUCAUAUGGAUAACUGGCAAGGGUAUAAAAAGGCUCCUAGUGAGCAAGAAUAUGGCGAUGAGGUUGAAACAGAUACUAGCAUUGAACCCUCAGAAGAGGAACUUUCUGACUUGUCACAAGCUUGCAACAGACUGUGGCAACUUGAUUUUAACCGUCUGGUACCUGGAAAGGAUUAUCAGCUUGACUGUGGUGAAGGGAAGAGGGUACAUCAGAAGGAAGAUAUGGCAGAAGAAAGCCUAUUUUAUUCUCUGAGUGAAGACGUUUUUAGAAAACCUACUUUCUCUCGUUUCUGUGCUCUCUUAGAUAAUUAUAACCCAAAUGCUGGGUGCAAAGAAGUUAUUACAACUGAGGAGAAACAAGAGCAGUCUGCUUUUAUAGAAGAAAUCAGUAGAACUGCACCUAUUAAAUAUCUUCACAAGUACCUAUCUUUGAAGGGCAUUGCAUCUGAUAACUAUCAAGAUUUCAAAAGAAUGUUGACAAAGCUGUGGUUUGAUCUUUAUGGUCGAGGUGGAACAUCUGGUUCCUCUUCUGCUUUUGAGCAUGUAUUUGUCGGGGAAAUCAAGCAACGUGGUGAGGAAGAAGUUACUGGCUUCCACAAUUGGCUUCAGUUUUACCUAGAAGAAGCAAAAGGAAGAGUUGAUUAUCAGGGUUAUAUAUUACCCCGAAGACGAGGGGAAACUCCAGACUCUGAAACACAGUUGCUUACAAUUCAGUUCGAAUGGAAUGGAGUUCGUAAAGCUGUGUCAAGUACAUUGGUUGGGGUGAGCCCCGAGUUUGAACUUGCUCUCUAUACACUGUGCUUCUUUGUAGGCGCAGAGGAUAACUAUGUGCAGCUGGGUCCAUACUCUGUUAACAUCAAGUGCUACCGGUUUGGAGAUAAAAUUGGUUCUGUGUUUCCAAUAGCAGAAUGUUGAUUUCGAGCUGUGUAUUAUUAUUAUUACUCUGAAGCUAUAAAAAGACUAAAGACAUAUGUUUCAUGUUCCAAACAUAAGUUUAUGACAUCUUAAUAGAUGUUUCUUGGAUCAUUUACUUGCAAACUUGGUAUUAAGAUAUGUGUAAAACUAUGCAUUUCCCUAUGGCUUAAUCUUAUGAUGAUUGAGGAGUCAAAUUCUG